UGACCUUCAGGAUAAAUAAAACAGCACCUACUCACCAGUUUGUGGUCUAAACCGUCCAGUAACACUGACCCAGUCGAGAUGGCUGAAAACAGAGAUAAAGCUUCGGAUCAAAUGAAGAUAUGGAAGGAGAACAGGAGCUCUCAGAGGCCAGACACACUGACCACCGGGGGUGGCAAUCCCAUUGGAGACAAGCUGAACCAGAUGACUGCUGGACCGAGGGGUCCUCUGCUGGUCCAAGAUGUGGUGUUCACCGAUGAGAUGUCCCACUUUGACCGGGAGCGAAUCCCGGAGAGAGUGGUUCAUGCCAAAGGGGGAGGAGCGUUUGGUUACUUGGAGGUGACUCAUGACAUCUCUCGCUACUGCAAGGCCAAGAUGUUCGAGCAUGUCGGCAAGACUACACCUAUCGCUAUCCGCUUCUCCACUGUGGCUGGCGAAUCCGGAUCAGCAGACACAGUGCGAGACCCUCGAGGCUUUGCAGUCAAGUUUUACACUGAGGAGGGCAACUGGGACCUGACUGGCAACAACACCCCCAUUUUCUUCAUCAAGGACGCCAUGCUGUUCCCGUCCUUCAUCCACACCCAGAAGCGCAAUCCCCAAACCCACAUGAAAGACCCCGACAUGAUGUGGGACUUCUUGAGCCUGAGGCCUGAGUCUCUGCAUCAGGUGUCGUUCCUUUUCAGCGAUCGAGGUUUGCCAGAUGGAUUCCGUCACAUGAACGGCUACGGCUCUCACACCUUCAAAAUGGUCAAUGUCUAUGACGAGCGUUACUACUGCAAGUUCCACUUCAAGACUGAUCAAGGAAUCAAGAAUCUGACCGUGGAGGAGGCAGGCCUACUGGCUUCCGACAACCCAGAUUAUGCCAUUGGAGACCUGUUCAACGCCAUCGCCAAUGGCAACUUCCCAUCCUGGACCUUCUACAUCCAGAUCAUGACCUUCGAGCAGGCUGAGCAGUUCCAGUUCAACCCCUUCGACCUCACCAAGAUUUGGCCACAGAAAGAAUACCCUUUGAUCCCCGUGGGCAAACUGGUACUCAACAGGAACCCAGCCAACUACUUUACAGAGGUGGAGCAGCUGGCCUUUGACCCCAGCAACAUGCCACAAGGCAUCGAGCCAAGCCCCGACAAGAUGCUGCAGGGUCGUCUCUUCGCCUACCCAGACACGCAUCACCACCGGCUGGGAGCCAACUACCUGCAGAUCCCCGUCAACUGCCCCUACAGGGCCCGUGUGAGCAACUACCGGCGUGAUGGCCCGAUGUGCGUGACUGACAACCAAGGUGGAGCUCCAAACUACUAUCCCAACAGCUUCAGUGCUCCAGAGACCCAGCCUCGGUUUGUGGAGUCCAAGUUCAAGGUGUCCCCAGAUGUGGCCCGUUACAACACUGACGAUGAAGACAAUGUCACACAGGUUCGUAACUUCUACAUGCGGGUCCUGAACGAAGAGGAACGCCAGAGACUGUGCCAGAACUUGGCAGGGUCCCUGAAGGCAGCCCAGCUCUUCAUCCAAAAACGCAUGGUCGAGACCUUGAAGGCUGUUCAUCCAGACUAUGGAAGCCGGGUUCAGACCCAUCUCAACAAGUACAAUGCCGAGGCCCAGAAGAACACAUCUGUGCACGUUUACAGCCGUCCAGGAGCCUCGGCCAUCACCGCGGCCUCCAAGAUGUGAUGCCUUAACCUUCCACCAGGGCCCCCCCCGCUCAUUUAUCUAAGAGCUAAUGCACUCAACGUGAUUACCAACUACUACUACCAGUGACAAGAUUGUACUUAACUUUCCAAAACUGAAAUACUAGCCUUGUAGUGUCAGGGUUGGGGUUAGUUCGUUUUUAAUUCAGUCAAUCAAAACAUUUGAUUUCUUCAAAAUUCUCGAAGCUAUAGCAAUAUUCAGGAGGCUCUGGAUCUCUGAUAAAGGUUAAUUUGUCUUGAUUGGACAGCUUUUUUGAAAAGAAAUCACCAGGAUUUGUUUUUUGCAAAUAAAGUAAUCAAAGAUUCUGACCGAUUUGACCACUUAACUGCCUUGAAAGUAAUUUAAAAGUAUUUUUAUUUUAUUUGCAUUUUGAUUUGAUUGCGUCAAAUCAAUUAACCCCAACUGCUGUUGAGGAGUUAUUUCCACUACAGCUAAAUCAAUAAUGCCUUUUUGUGUACUAAAACUACCAAAUACAGAUUGUUUUAACCUUAAUAUUGGAAGAAUCAGUUAUGAAAUGCUCUGUUUGAUGUUGUAGUUUUCAACAUGUAUUCUUCUGUAGAAAGAGACUGUGUCAUUAGUAACCUAAUAGUUAAAGUUGUACAUUGACAGUAAAUCUACAUUGACUACUAAGUUCUGAUCUGAAAUGGUAAUAAAAUGUAUGACUGCCCAAAAUAAUUCCUCCCUAUUUGGGGUUUAACAGCAUAUUACAAAAUCUGAUCAAGUUUGGAGAGGAGAGGAGAAUUCUUUCAGACUCACCUUUCAAGUUUAAAGAUCUCAUGUUGGUCACUUUCAACCUGAGAAGAGACCACAAAGGAUGCAAUCAAUCCAUCGAGUGUAUCACCGUCCAACCUGAAUUGUCCAUGCAACCUGUUAUUUUAGUGUAUUUGUAAACUCUCAAAUGUUUGAUCUUGAUCUGAAUGUAACUGAUUAUUUUUUUUUAUUAAUGUUGAAAUUGUGUCAGAUGAGACGUGUGUUUAGUGCCUGUAUUAAUUCAUUUGUAAUCAAAGCUUAUCGGCAGCUACCAUUUGUCUCCAUUUCUUCUGUUCCCGCUGUUUUUAUGUGAGGUGAAAAUGAAAUGUAAUUGAGCUGAUUGACUAAAAACAUUUUUUAUUUUAA